AUGACAAGAGGAUGCAUCCAGGGCUCAGUCUGUGGACCGAGCUUCUGGAACAUCAUACUGGAUGAGCUCUUUGAACAGAAACUACCUCCGGGCUGCUACCUGCAGGCAUAUGCAGAUGACGUUCUGUUAAUCUCGGGUAUCUGGGGAGAUGCAGUCAAAUAUAAAAAGGUCUGUAAAAAAUUACUUUCCCUGCAACGUGGUUUCGCUGUCAAAACGAUACGGGGCUUCCGUACUGUCUCCACUAUCGCUUCCAUCACACUCGCACAAUUUACUGCACUAGACUUGAAAGUUCAAGAGGUAUACACGGUAGAACGUGCUAAGCUCACGGGCUGCUCUCCAUACCUCUCUUCAGAUAUAAAAUUGCAUAAGCGCACACCACCAACUAAACUUGCUCACCCUGCCACUAGACAAGCGGGUAUCUGGGGAGAUGCAGUCAAAUAUAAAAAGGUCUGUAAAAAAUUACUUUCCCUACAACGUGGUUUCGCUGUCAAAACGAUACGGGGCUUCCGUACUGUCUCCACUAUCGCUUCCAUCACACUCGCACAAUUUACUCCACUAGACUUGAAAGUUCAAGAGGUAUACACGGUAGAACGUGCUAAGCUCACGGGCUGCUCUCCAUACCUCUCUUCAGAUAUAAAAUUGCAUAAGCGCACACCACCAACUAAACUUGCUCACCCUGCCACUAGACAAGGUAUACAAUUUUCUUCAGCAUAUGUCCAAAAUGACAUCGAUAGACUUUGCCCACCUGACAGCACCAAAAUAUUUACUGACGGCAGUAAACUGGAAAAUGGUGACGUUGGCGCAGCAUUCGUUAUCUAUAAGCCGAAUGAUGCGCCCAUAAUUCAGAAACUUAAACUACACAAUAGCUGUACCGUCUUCCAAGCUGAGCUACUAGCUAUAGAACGCGCUGUUAGAUGGGUCCAAGAUUCUAAUAUUGAAAACGUAGCCAUUUUCUCUGAUAGUCUGUCUGCCCUACAGGAGUUAGAGAAUAAAAACACUACCAACAGUCUUGCAACAAAAACUCAUGAUCACUUGCGAAGCCACUCUGGAAACGUGAAAUUUGUGUGGGUUAAGGCCCAUGUGGGUCUCGAAGGGAAUGAAGCAGCAGACGAAGCUGCGAAAAGUGCUGCAACUUCUCACCAAUCACUCGACUUCGCGAAAUUCCCAAUCAGCCAUGUCAAACGACUCUCACGCGAAGCUAAUAGGCUUUGUAGCGAAGAACGUUACACUUCUUCUACUACAGGAGUGCGCACUAGAACUUGGCUUCCAAGCCUGGACAGUGUAACAAAACUAUAUGCAAUAGUGAAACAAUCGUUCCACUUAACUCAAGUCCUUACCGGUCACGGCUAUCACCGGCAAUACUUACACCGGUUCAAGAUAGUCGCGACCGAUAAGUGCAAUUGUGACCCCAAUACUGUCCAGGACAUUGACCACCUCCUUAAAGUAUGCCCAAGAUAUGCCCGGCAAAGGGAGACACACAUAGCCUUGUGUAACCAUUUAGAUGUGUCUCCAUUUGACAUACCUGAAAUNUAA